CAUGCCCUGUCAGAUCAGGCGUGUGUGCGUAUGUUUGACCCGAGGACGACCUGUAACCAGGAGUGUCUCAUCACGACCUUCCAGGAGGUCUACUUUGUGUCGGAGAGCUUCGAGGAAGCCAAAGAGAAGAUGAGGGAGUUUGCGAAGACGAUCAAGCGUCCGUUCUCGGUGUACUACAACCCGUACACUCAGAGCAUCGACCUGCUCAAAGACACCCGCGGCAUCGAGAACGUGGUGCAGGACCUGCGCAGCGACCUCAACACUGUCUGCGACGCCCUCAGCAAGAUGAACACCUACAUGGGCAUCUGACGCCCAAGUCACGCCGAAGUCCAUCCGAGUCACGUCCGAGUCACCGCUGAGCUCUGAUUGGUCCAAAACAUCACAUCACACCUGUGUUCAUCUCUCUGAGCUCUGAUCCGUCCAAACCUGCAUUGAAAAACUAUCUGUGACAGAAACGUGUAAAUAACAUGAAGAGAUUAAAUUAUGGAGGACAGAAGCUGCCAAAACCAGAAAUAUUCCAAUAAAUACAUGAAUGUUUCAUUUAAAUAUACAUAAAGUAACAUUAGAACUGAAUGUAGGCGUUCAUGAGUUGAUCAAAUGUGACAUAAUAAUAUUUCAGUGUUGCGUAAUAAUAAUGAUAAUAGUACAUGUUAUUUAUAGAGUGAUUUUCA